AUGAUAAUCAAGGGUCUUCUUGUGAUUAAGGAGAGAGUUGACGGUGACAAAGUAGAGGAACACAAUGUAGGAGGGUUAGGGAAUGAAGAAGCAGAAACAACCAAGGCCGGGAUGGUGUUUGCCUCUCCGGAAGAGGUUCGUAAUUACUAUAGCAAGUUUGCUCAGCGUGAAGGCUUUGGGAUGUUUCAUAGCAAUAGAUGCAAAAAAAGUGGGGGUCCUCGAGCACAAAGGAGAAGUAAAGCGAAAGAUCCAGCGGAAGCAAUAGUGCACCAAGAUUAUCCUUCUCUUGUUGGUGUGGCUACAAGCUGUGAAAUUAUACCAUCAGUUGAUUCUCCAGUGGAAAGAGUCAAUGUUACUAAACAGUUAGCAAAUGGUGACAAGCAUCACCUAUUCCCAAAUACUGGCCAUCCUACAUCUGAAAGCACGCUCAAUCAUCUAAAGAGAAGAAGUUCAGCCCUUGAAAACUCCCAAAACUUAGAAAAUAUUAAUGGCUGUGACACAUAUAAGUUGGGGGUUAAUGCAUGGGCAGGGACAAGGACAUCUAUCACUGAUUUGUAUGUUAACAUUGGCAUGGUGUGUUACUUCAUGGACUGCACAAGAUGUGCCCUUGCUAAGAGGGCUGUGGCACUUGUGAAAUCUGGAAUGGUGAUUGGACUGGGAACAGAAGGCACAUCUCUCGUCAUUGAAGAGCUUGGAAAACUAAUUGGUGAAGGAAAGCCUUUUCAAAUGUUCUUCCGGUUGAAAGACAUUGUUGCAGUUGGAGCAAACUACCAUUCACGACUUCUAGCUAAACAAUUUGGUUUGAGAAUGGUUGAUUUGAAUGAUGUUGAUAACAUUGACAUUGUGUUUGACGUGGUAGAUGAAGUGGACUUUAACAAAAACCUGUUUAAGGGAGGGGAAGCCACUCAUACUGUUCAGAAGGAGGUUUGUUCCAUGGCAAAUGUGUGCAUAAUAUUAGCUGAACAUGCAAAGGUUGUUCAUCGGCUUGGUAGCAAGUUUCCAGUUGUGGUUGAAGUUCUCCCACUUGCCACAUCGCCUGUUUCAAGGCGGCUCAUUGCUCUUGGGGGAGUUCCUGAAAUUCGAUCUGCCCUAAGGAAGGAUGGUCCAGUAAUCACAGAUCUUGGGAAUAUGAUUAUAGAUGUGAGCUUCCUGAAUGGGAUACAGAACCCAGCUGAGCUUGAGAAGAACAUCAAUGUGAUACCGGGUGUAGUUGAUAAUGGUAAGAAACAACUUGCAUUCCUUUUUUUGCAUAUUCUUAAGAGUAUGUUCUCUGUAUUACCAUCAUAUGCAUAUCCAUCCAAUUGCUUGAUUAAUUAAUGAACCAAACUUGAACAAAGCAAAGCUUGGCUCAAUACUUUCCUAAACACCAAAGAUAAUACCCUAUAUGGCUAAUAUGUCUAACUUCAAAGAAAUUUGUAUUCCAAAAAUGAAUUUAUAUCAUGUUUUGAAAAUUAUUGCUGUUGUACAUAAAUUAAUCGGUAAAUUUUUUAUAUUGAGUUUGUUGGCUAUUUUACACUAACAAAGGUAAAAAGCAUAGGUUUCUUAAGUGUACUACCAUUAAGUACAAAUACACAGUACCUGUUAGCUAUUAGCUUUCCUACAUCUCAGGCGCUCACCUCCACCCAUUCUUAUAGGAGAAAUGUCAAUUGACCUAAUAAUGGAAUGAACUUGAUUCUUCUAGGAUCCAGGGAAUCUAUAUGGGGCUUGUCAACUGACAUUUGCAGGGGUAUUUUUAGUUGAUGUUUUGGUAAUUUUCAGGGGUUUGAGAAAUUUUGUACAAGGGAUUAAUACAUGCAAAACAAGAAUUCUUAGUUGAACUAUUAAAGCAAGCAAGAGUCACAGUUUUAUGCUAUGUAACUUGCAAUAGCUUCAUUAGAAGCAAGCAAGACCUGUAAUUUACUUUUUGAAAAAAAAAAAAAAAAUCAAAACACAACUACAAGUAUUUGCUCACACUCAAAAAUGAAAAAUACAUUUCUAUUCGUUCUUCCAUGCAUACAAAAGCAGUAAAAGUAUUUCUUGAUUAAGCACAACAGCUAAAUAAAAUCCCUCCAUUGGCCCUGGCCCAUAACCACAUUUAGCAUUAGUUAAGUCCCAGCAAAUCUCAAUUUUACUACAACUUACACACCCUAACUUUCAUACCAUCAUGUGCCCCAUGACAGAAUUUGCCUAAUCCAGCAAUCAGUCAUUUUCAAACAUCUUUAGUUGGUUAAAAGAUUGAGAAAACACUUCAGACUUUAAUCAAAAGCAAUGAAAAAUGCUUGGGAUAAAUACUUUUUAGAACAAUGAACACUAAAGAAACACUUAAAUGCAGGAGCAAACUAUUGCUGAUUGUCUCAGUGAUAAAAAAUCUAAACUCCACAUAGGAUAUAUAUAUUGAACAUCAUUAUACACAAACUGAAGCUGCCUUAGCAGAUUAAUCAUUUGGCUAGCAGUUUGUUGUGUUGCUAGAUCCUCACCAGCGCAUAGAACCUAAGAAACAAUCGCCCAUCUUAUCCUGUGACAGUUAAAUUUUAUCCCAUACAAAAGAAGUAAGAAAAGACCUAGAAAGAAGCAGGUCUAAAAUCAGAAAGAGGUUACCAAGCAGAGGAUUAGAGUGUCAAAGGACAUGACAGUUACAUUUCACGAUAUAAUAGAAAUAGUUAAACUUUAAAAAGAAAGGCAAUAAGUAUUAUUGGAAUGUUACGAAUAUACCCUAUCCACGUACCAUUAAUACAUUUGAACAAUUCAUGCAUGCCAAGAAGCUAAUCAAUCGUUAUAUUCUUUAACUUCACACCAUUUUGAUUUAAUAGUACUUUUGUUAUGGAGCAUGUUAUUUAUUUUUUAUUUUUAUUUUUUUUUUUGUAAUUGCAUUUUUAACUUAAUAACUACUUCCCUAAAUAUAAUUUCAACAAUGCUACAUUCAAAAAAUUUUACAAUUUUUUUUAAAACUUGUUAAGAUAAUAAAUUGUAAUUAGCGCAAAUAACCUUCAUUUGGAAACACCACUAAAAUACCCUUUCACAGUAUAACAACAGCUAUACAGAGAGAGAUUCAUUUUGUUAAAAGAACCUUGAAUUCGGUGAUGCCAUUGACAUCUAGAAAAAUAAAAGCACUAGGAUUUGAAAAAAGAAAAAGAAAAAGAAGGAAAAACAUCUUUUGGCUCUAUAAGAUUGGACAUGACCAAGGCUGGAACUUUCUAAAAGUGGUUCUUAUGAGAAUGAAGUGGAUUAGCACGCUCAAAAGGAGUAGAUAAUUAUAUUCUGAUGUGGAAUCAAAAUCGCUACAAAAUGCCUCGUUCAUAGACCUCAUCUUCUUUUGGAAGGCCAAACUAUUGUAUCAAAUGUUCCAACUUUACUCCUCAUUUAUUGCUUCUCCUAUUUCAAUGUUCCUAAAGAAGUUUGUAAAAGAUUAGACAACAAUCAAAAAACUUUCUGGAGGGGAACAUAAAGACGGUAAAAGAAAGCAAGACCUCCUUAGUAGGGAUACCCUGUGUCUCCCAAGAUUACAGCGAUGUAGUUACAACUUACAAGAGUAGCAAUCCCAAUCAUACCAGAACACAACUCAUGGCACACACCUAAAUGCAUUAGUAGUACCCCAAUUGUCACCACUAUAGGUGUAGACAAAUUCAUCAGGCCCUUAUCAAGUUGAUGUGACUAUGAGGUAAAGAAGGGUUAUCACACUAUACUUUAUGUGCUGAAACAAUGAAAAAUCUAGCUGGCACCUCCAACCACAGGGAAAUCAAUUGGAAGCACCUUUGGAGAUUAAAACUACAGUCUUCCUAUGGAAAUUGUAUCAUAAAGCACUACCCUUGAAAGUUUUUUCGGAAGCAUCUCUCUAGAAUCUAAAUGAGUGGGAGGGUCAAGUUUUUUCCACAUUGACUUAGUUGUUUGAGGUUUUUGUCAAGGGAAGGGGUCAAGACAUGGACUAAGGUUAUACGGAAGAGGGAAGGACUUCCUAAUGUCAGUUAAUGUGGAAUAUCUCAAGGGACACUGGGCAAAUCAGUUGAUCGCCAAUUUGAGUAUAUGUUAAAAAAAACAUCUUUAGAGUGCAGUGAUUAUGUCUCAAAGGUAAUUGAUCUAGUUGAUUAGUUAGUAUGUUACCCCUUAUAUUCCUCUAGUAUCUAUUUAAAGGUAACACAAUAGAUGUACAUUUGAAAGAUUUUAACACGAUUAAAGAACUACAUGAUUUUAUUAAUCUUUAUCAGAUUGAAUGGCUGCUUUCCUGACCAUUCAAUACUAAAAAAAAAAUGGUCGAAGCUAUUCAAUACUAAAAAAAACUACAUAUCAAAUAUUACCAUAUAAAAUAUCAUUCCUAAAAGGAAAAAUAGAACCUAAACCAUAUAGCUCAAUCAAAUAAUAUAACCAAUUAAUGAAGCAUAGAAAAAAGAAAAAAACAAUAAAUCCUUUAUUCUUGUAUUAGAUCAACAUCGUCCAGUAAAAGAAGGCUACCAAAGCAUAAUUCUAUGGCAUAUAGUUUUUCUGGAAAAGUUGUGUUUGUAACAGUCUUUUCUGUUUCCUUCUCUAUAUCAUGCAAAAUUAGCAUGCUAGGGGAAUUUUGCACCUCUAACAACAUUUCCUUUCCAUUAUUGUACA